AUGAUGGAGACGAGCUAUGAUCGAAGGGCACUGGUACUUUGGUUCCGAAGAUGCUCGGAGGCACCUAAUUGUGGAGGAGCGCCAGCGGGGAAAGCGGUAAAAACUACUCAAAUGGAUUUCUAUGGAAAUAUUGUAGGAGUCGGAACAUGCGACAUUGCUUUGGAUUUUCUCAAAAGCUCACAUUUUUUCGAAGUUUUGGCAAAAUCCCCACUGGCCCUACUUCAUUUUCACUUCUGUGGAAAAUGCGGAAUUUUAAUGGAAAUUCAUACCGGAGCCACUUGGAAAAUCUCCACCAGCUUUCCGUUUCCGUUGUGCUCCAAUGGUUUUUUGGGAGAAUACGGUCCGGAAUGUUUUCUGAUUCUUGUUGUCAUCCUAAUUUAUAACGGUCUAGCAUGCAUAUUCAUAUUCCUCUACCGAAUGGAGGUAGCCAGCAAGCAUACGGCACCAACUAUGUUGUACAAAAUCACACAUUUUCAAACGUAUCUUUUGUAUUUUUUGCUAGUGAUGUUAUCUGGAAUAACUGUUUUUAUGUAUCCAGUUUUGAAGGAACAACUGGAUUAUAAACAAAGACUGGAAAUGAAAGUCGGACCGAUUCCAACAUUUAUGCUGUGCGAUAGCUGUGUCUUUAUGAUUUACGACUCUCCUAUAUUCCUAAUUUGGUUCCUUGUAGCGUACAUCUGCAUAGCGCUGGCUUACAUAAUAUUGUUUAGCUCCGGGAUUGUGACCUACAAAGCUUUGAAAGUGAGCCGAGCAUCUGCAGCCGUUAGAAAAAUUCAGAAGAACAUUUUCAUGAGCCUGGUGGUGUCGACAAUUACUCACCUUGGCCUACUAUUUAUACCACUGGCUACAUUUUUCAUGCUCUCCCUACUUGUGCCCGAAUGGAGCAAAAGCUCGAUUGUAAAAUACACUAGUGAUUUUAUGGUGAUUAUGAUUCAACAACACGGCGCAGUUUCCGCGGUGACCAUGUUUCUGACGAAUAAUUUAUUAAGGAGAACCGCGAAGCAAUUAUUUUACACUGAAAUGAGUUGA